CUCAAGAGUCCGCUGACCUUAUUUUCCUUAUUGACGGAUCAAACAACAUCGGAAGUGUCAAUUUCCAAGCCAUACGUGAUUUCCUUGUAAAUUUGAUUGAAAGCCUCAGAGUUGGAGCUCAGCAAAUACACAUUGGGGUGGUGCAGUAUAGUGAUCAACCCAGAACUGAGUUCGCUUUGAACAGCUACUCCACAAAAGCGGACGUUCUGGAUGCCGUGAAGGCACUUAGUUUCCGCGGUGGCGAGGAAGCGAACACCGGUGCGGCACUGGAGUUUGUGGUGGAGAACCUCUUCACCCAGGCGGGAGGCAGCAGGAUAGAGGAAGCAGUGCCUCAGAUCUUAGUGCUGAUAAGUGGUGGAGAGUCUAGUGAUGAUAUCCGAGAGGGCUUGUUAGCGGUGAAGCAAGCUAGUAUAUUUUCAUUUAGCAUUGGGGUCCUGAAUGCUGACAGUGCAGAGCUGCAGCAGAUUGCUACUGAUGGAAGCUUCGCAUUUACUGCCCUGGAUAUCCGUAACCUUGAUGCUCUUCGAGACUUAUUACUGCCCAACAUUGUUGGAGUGGCCCAAAGACUCAUUUUGUUAGAGGCCCCAACCAUUGUGACUGAAGUUAUUGAAGUGAACAAGAAGGAUAUAGUCUUCCUGAUAGAUGGCUCAACUGCUUUGGGGAGUGGCCCCUUUAACUCAAUUCGUGAUUUCGUUGCCAAAAUUGUCCAAAGGCUGGAGGUUGGACCCGACCUGAUCCAAGUGGCGGUGGCACAGUAUGCAGACACUGUGAGGCCAGAGUUUUAUUUUAACACCCACCAGAGCAGAAAGGAUGUGAUGGCUAACGUGAAGAGGAUGAAGUUCAUGGGCGGUACGGCACUCAACACUGGCUCGGCACUGGACUUUGUGAGGAACAACUUCUUCACCAGUGCUGCUGGGUGCAGGAUGGAGGAAGGGGUGCUCCCCAUGCUGGUGCUCAUCACUGGUGGUAAGUCCAGUGAUGCCGUUGACCAAGCCGCGGCGGAGAUGAAGAGGAACCGGAUAGUGAUCCUUGCCAUUGGGUCGAGAAACGCCGACCUGGCAGAACUCCAAGAAAUUGCCCAUGAGAGAGAUUUUGUGUUCAAUCCGAACGACUUCCGUGUUCAGUUCCUGCAAGCCAUUCUUCCUGAAGUGCUGUCGCCUAUCCGGACCCUCUCUGGAGGACUGAUUAUCCAAGAACCACCAUCAGUUCAAGUAACCAAAAGGGAUAUCAUCUUUCUUUUGGAUGGAUCACUCAACGUUGGAAAUGCCAACUUCCCCUUUGUGCGUGACUUUGUUGCCACCCUAGUUAACUACCUUGAUGUCGGCAGUGACAAAAUCCGAGUUGGCUUAGUGCAAUUUAGCGACACUCCUAAAACCGAGUUCUAUCUGUACUCGUACCAAACCAAAUCAGACAUAAUCCAACGCAUGGGGCAGCUGAGGCCCAAGGGGGGGUCUGUGCUGAACACUGGCUCCGCACUGAACUUUGUGCUUUCGAAUCACUUCACGGAAGCUGGUGGGAGCAGAAUAAAUGAACAAGUGCCACAGGUCCUAGUCCUUGUGACGGCAGGGAGCUCUGCCGAUCCCUUCUUGCACGUUUCCAAUGAAUUAGCUCGGGCCGGAGUGCUGACUUUUGCUGUUGGAGUUAGGAGUGCGGAUAAGGCAGAACUCGAACAGAUUGCCUUUAAUCCAAGAAUGGUACAUUUUAUGGAUGAUUUCAGUGAUCUGGCAGCUUUACCCCAGGAGUUAAAUAAACCUAUAACAACAUAUGUUAGUGGAGGUGUGGAAGAGGUUCCACUCGCCCCAACAGAAAGCAAGAAAGAUAUUUUAUUCCUGAUUGAUGGCUCAGCCAACCUCUUGGGUAGCUUUCCUGCUGUCCGGGACUUUGUACACAAAGUAAUUUCUGAGCUGAACGUGGGUCCCGAUGCCACACGAGUAGCUGUGGCUCAGUUCAGUGACACCAUCCAAGUUGAAUUUGACUUUGCUGAGCUCCCAUCCAAGCAAGACAUGCUUCUCAAAGUGAAAAGGAUGAAGAUAAAAACCGGGAAGCAACUGAACAUUGGAGCCGCGCUAGAUGAAGCUAUAAGGAGGCUGUUUGUGAAGGAAGCUGGAAGCAGGAUCGAAGAAGGGGUUCCUCAGUUUUUGGUCCUCCUUGUUGCUGGGAGAUCAACUGACGAUGUGGAGCAACCAUCGGAUGCUCUGAAGCAGGCUGGAGUUGUGACCUUUGGUAUCAAAGCCAAAACUGCCGACUCUGGAGAGCUGGAAAGGAUCGUUUACGCCCCACAAUUCAUUCUGAACGUCGACUCCCUCCCUCGGAUUUCAGAGCUUCAGCCAAACAUAGUCAACCUGUUGAAAACUAUCCAGCUCCAGCCAACAGUAGUUGAGAGAGGUGAGAAGAAGGAUGUGGUGUUCCUAAUCGACGGCUCGGAUGCUGUCAGAAGAGGUUUUCCUCUACUGAAGACCUUUGUCCAACGUGUUGUGGAAAGCCUGGAUAUCGGUCGUGACAAGGUCCGUGUCGCCGUCGCGCAGUACAGCAAUGUCAUACAGCCCGAGUUCUUACUUGACACCUACGAAGACAAAGCAGAUCUCAUCAACGCCAUCCAGGAGCUGAAGAUUAUGGGAGGAUCUCCUCUGAACACUGGAGCAGCCCUCGACUAUCUCAUCAAGAAUGUCUUCACGGUGUCGAGCGGCAGCAGGAUAGCGGAGGGCGUCCCGCAGUUCCUGAUUCUGCUGACCGCUGACCGGUCCCAGGAUGACGUGAGGAGGCCCUCGGUGGUCCUGAAGACAAGUGGCACAGUGCCCUUUGGCAUUGGAAUUGGAAAUGCCGACCUCACAGAGCUGCAGACGAUUUCUUUCCUCCCGGAUUUUGCCAUCUCUGUGCCUGACUUCAGCCAGCUGGAUACAGUGCAGCAGGUCGUCUCCAACAAAGUCAUCCGGCUGACCAAGAAAGAGAUAGAGUCACUUGCCCCUGAUCUGGUUUUCACAUCACCCAGCCCAGCGGGUGUGAAGAGGGACAUCGUGUUCAUGGUCGACGGUUCCCGCUAUGCCGCUCAGGAGUUCUACCUCAUCCGCGAUCUCAUCGAGAGGAUAGUGAACAACCUAGAUGUGGGCUUUGACACCACACGGAUUUCGGUGGUCCAGUUCAGCGAGCAUCCCCACGUGGAGUUCCUGCUCAAUGCCCACUCCACCAAGGAUGAGGUGCAGAGCGCCGUGAGACGGCUGCGGCCGCAGGGUGGCCAGCAGGUGAACAUCGGGGAGGCCCUGGAGUUUGUGGCAAAGACAAUCUUCACCCGGCCCUCCGGGAGCCGCAUAGAGGAGGGCGUCCCUCAGUUUUUGAUCAUCCUCACCUCCCGCAAGUCCGAUGAUGACUUAGAGAGCCCAUCACUCCAAGUCAAACAAGUGGGGGUGGCACCUAUGGUGGUUGCAAAGAACGUGGAUACUGAGGAGAUAGUACAGAUUUCCCUUAGUCCCGAUUACGUAUUCCAAGUCUCCAGCUUCCAGGAACUUCCCAGCCUUGAGCAGAAGCUGCUGGCACCUAUUGAAACCCUGACUGAGGACCAAAUCAGACGGCUGCUGGGAGAUGUGCAACCCCCCGUAGAUUUUUCUGGUGAAGAAAAGGACAUAGUCUUCCUUAUCGACAGCUCUGACAAUGUGAGGUCCGAUGGGCUUGCUCACAUUCGGGACUUCAUCAGCAGAAUCAUUCAGCAGCUGGAAGUUCGGCCAAACAAAGUGCGAAUCGGUGUGGUACAGUUCAGCAAUAACGUCUUCCCUGAGUUCUACCUGAAGACCCACAAGUCCAAAAACGCCGUCCUGCAAGCCGUCCGCCGAUUGAGGCUCAGAGGAGGGUCCCCCGUGAACGCCGGCAAAGCCCUAGACUAUGUGGUGAAGAACUACUUCAUCAAGUCUGCGGGGAGCAGGAUAGAAGAAGGUGUGCCCCAGCACCUAGUCGUCAUCCUCGGAGACCGGUCCCAGGACGACGUGAACAGGCCUGCUAACGUGAUCACGACAACCAGCAUCAAACCCCUGGGUGUGGGAGCCAGGAACGUGGACAGGGGCCAACUGCAGGUCAUUACCAACGAUCCUGCACGUGUGCUUGUGGUACAGGACUUCCCCGAACUCCCAACUUUAGAAAAGAAGAUACAGAGUAUUCUUGAAGAACUUCCAAUAUCUACAACAGAAACCCCUGGAUUUCCAGGACCUGUAGGUAAAAAGCAGGCUGACAUUGUGUUUUUGCUGGAUGGCUCCAUCAAUCUGGGGAGGGAUAACUUCCAAGAAGUUCUCCAGUUUGUCUACUCUGUGGUGGACGCCAUUUAUCGGGACGGCGACUCUAUCCAGGUAGGACUGGCCCAGUACAACUCAGAUGUCACCGAUGAGUUUUUCCUCAAGGACUACUCCACGAAACCUCAGAUUUUAGAUGCCAUCAACAAAGUCAUCUACAAAGGUGGCCGGGUGGCAAACACUGGUGCAGCCAUCAAGCACCUCCAGGCAAAACACUUUGUGAAGGAGGCCGGCAGCCGAAUUGACCAGAGGGUGCCCCAGAUUGCCUUCAUUGUCACGGGUGGGAAGUCCUCGGAUGACGGGCCCAGUGCCUCCUCGGAAAUUGCACAGAAAGGCGUCAAGGUAUUUGCAGUUGGUGUGAAAAACAUCGACCUGAAGGACGUCAGCAGCCUGGCCAGUGAGAGUGCCACGAGUUUCCGAGCGGCCACAGCCCAGGAGCUGUCUGAGCUGAACGAGCAGGUCCUGGUUACGCUGGAAGCUGCUAUGGAGGAGAAAUUGUGCCCAGGACUGACAGACGUUACAAGAG